CACCUGAGCGGGCCGGGGGCGGGAGGAAGAAGAGCGGUGCCGAGAACCUGCGAGCCAGGCCCGGGUCGGGGAGAGUGAACGUGUGCCUCUACCUUUCUUUUUCUUUGACCCGAAGCAGGCGUUGACCCUAAAUGGAAGGCACUGGGCAGCUGCUGAGAUCCCAGCGGUGAAGCUGACGGUAGCACAGACUGGCAGGUUCAGCACUCAUUUGAUGACAACUCCUGACUCCAACUGAUUGAGGUUCCUGUUGUGUCUUAGUGCACUGUUUCGCUUGCUGGGGCUAAGAUGGACCUUGUUCUCAGUGCCGCAGAUUAUUAUUUUUUUACACCAUACGUAUAUCCAGCCACAUGGCCAGAGGAUGACAUCUUCCGACAAACUAUUAGUCUCCUAAUUGUGACAAAUCUUGGCGCUUAUAUCCUUUAUUUCUUCUGUGCCACAUUGAGCUAUUAUUUUGUGUAUGAUCAUUCAUUAAUGAAGCAUCCACAGUUUUUAAAGAAUCAAGUGUAUCGAGAGAUUAAGUUCACUGUCCAGUCAUUACCCUGGAUAAGUAUCCCCACUGUUGCAUUGUUCCUGCUAGAGUUGAGAGGUUACAGCAAAUUAUAUGACAACAUAGGAGAGUUUCCAAGUGGUUGGUUUCACCUUAUUGUCAGUGUCAUCUCCUUCCUCUUUUUCACUGAUAUGCUGAUCUACUGGAUUCACAGAGGCCUUCAUCAUAGACUUGUAUACAAGCGUAUCCAUAAACCUCAUCACAUUUGGAAGAUCCCCACUCCAUUUGCAAGUCAUGCUUUUCACCCAGUGGAUGGCUUCCUUCAGAGUCUACCUUACCAUAUAUACCCUUUUAUCUUUCCGUUACACAAAGUGGUUUACUUAGGUUUGUACAUCUUGGUUAAUAUCUGGACCAUUUCCAUUCAUGAUGGUGAUUUUCGUGUCCCCCAGAUUUUAAAGCCAUUUAUUAAUGGCUCAGCACAUCAUACAGACCACCACAUGUUCUUUGACUAUAACUAUGGACAGUACUUCACACUUUGGGAUAGAAUUGGAGGUUCAUUCAAAAACCCUUCCUCCUUUGAGGGGAAAGGACCACUUAGUUAUGUGAAAAAGAUGGCAGAAGAAAAAUGCAACAGCCCUACAGAAAAUGGUUGUAAAAAUGAAAAAUUAUGCAAUGGAGAAUUUACAAAGACUAAGUAAUUAUUGCCCAAUUAUUCUUAAAUAUUUUUAAUAAGGAAAAAUAAUCUACACACAGCCAAGAUACACAGCAAGCAAUUGGUAUCAUUUGAAAAUCAGCAUUGUGUAUUCGGCUAAGGAAUGGUGACAAAGUAGGUCAAGGAAAGAUGGUGUGACCAUCAAGAUUAGAGUCUCAUGCUUAAAAUGCCAGCUGCUGGCCCAGGGGUCAAUUUUUGUCUUUCCAGCCAGCAGAUCUGUAGUUUGAUUAGCCUAAAGAACAAUUCUAAAUAAGAUAGAAAAUAUACUACUAAGGGGAAUAGGCUAUAUCCUUUUGCCUUAAUCCACCUGUAUUCAUUAAGAAAAAUUCAUUGUGCUUAAUAAUACCAAGACUAAGCACCAUAACCAAAAAAUACUAAUAUAAAGAUGGUUCCUUGUUCCAGGAAUGGUUAAGUCUUCAGUGUUGGUAUGAUAAUGAAUAUUCAUAGGACUUUGUGCAAGUGGAAAUGUCAGUGUGAAAAAGAAAAUUUGAUAUAUUAGAUAGCUAUGUCAAUAAUUUAAUGGCAGGUAUAAUAAAAUGAUUAUCUUCCUAUACAUAGGAGCCUCAUUUUCUGGGACACUGUCAAAUAGUCCAUUUUACUGAUGAAUAAAUAAAUGGAAAUUUUUUAAAAAAUCAAUUCUACCAUGAUUUAAUCCAGAUAUGGGAUUAUUUAGCUAGAGAUGUUGAUGCUUCUCAUUUAAAAACAUUAUUUAAUAAGUAUAAAAAAUGGAAUCUGAAUAUAGUUAGAGAAAUUUGAUGCCAAAGUAAUAUAUUUGGCACUACUGAUUUUUUAAAAUAAAAUUUAUGCACUGCACUUUUGAUAUGUUUCAAAGUUACAAAUCCAUCAUUGUUUAUAAAAGGAAGUAAUUGCCAAAUAUUUAGGUCUUCUUCUGAAGAUUUGUUUUGAAAUCUGAUUCUCCUAUUUCUCUACUUUUCCCCAUUGCCUCUGCAAAAAGGCUUAACAAAUACUUUCAUUAAAAAAUGUGUGUAUUGUAACAUAAAUAUAUUGGAAAAACAUGUUUUGUAAAGGCAUUCUACUGUUUAUCAAUCAAUAAAAGUUGAUCAUCCUGUUAUUAAACUGUAUCAGUUAAAUAUUGUAAUAGCACAAAAUAUGUUCUAUGCAAAAUUUGUGUCAAUUUGAAACCACAGAGUUGAUGUGGAUUGUUAAAGCUAUUUUCCAACAUUCUAGAUGUUCAGUGUCAAUGAGAGAUAUUUCACAUCUUUAUUAGAUUUGAGUGUUUUAGUAAGAGACCGGUCAUAAAAUUUAAUGCCUGGGAUCCAGAAGAAAAUGUUUUUUAUUGUUACAUUGGUAAAAUGCUGUGUUACUUCACUGUACCAAUUAGCAUUUUAUAACAGAUAAUCACCUGAGUGCUUCUCACUAAUUCCCAACCCCAUCACAGUGCUGAACCUUGCCCAAGAAAAAGAAGGAAAUUAAGAAGUCAUUUGUUUCCUAAUAAUAGUGACAGAUAAUAUGAAUUGAGUUUUCUUCUUUACCAGGCAUGGUCAUGAGUAUUUGACAUGAGGAAACUAAGACCCAGCUAAAGUAGCUUUUCCAGAGUUUAUUCCUUGCUCAUGUUAAGUCCCAUGGGAUGUUUCUGGUCAGCGGGCAGCUUCCUUGGUGGCUUGCUUUUUCUCAGUCUGUAGAGCCCUCUUUAUUGAAGGGACACAUGGGAGGGGGAAAGGAAAUGUUUGCUCAUGGGCAAUUUCUCUGGGUCAGGCUUACAAGUGGUGUGUAUCCUUUCUGCCCACAUUCUUUGAACACAACUGUCCUGUGGUUACCUCACUGAAAGGGACGUGUGGAAAUAUGUGCAGCUAUUUUCUGGGAGGAAGGGAAAGCCAGUUUUUUGAACACUUAGCCGGUUUGCCAUAUCCAUGUGGUUUAUAACCCUCGUUGUGAGGAAAUAAAGUUGUCAAAAUGGCAAAUGAACUCAGAAGUAUCUCCGUGCACUGGCUGUCUUAACAUCUUUAAUUCCAUACCUCCAAUAUGAGUGUUAAAAUUUCCUCUAGCUUUUUAUUCCUGUGUUGCUUAGUAGAUAAGAAAGGACAUCAUUUAUGAUUUAUGGCAAGAGGAGUUCUAACUUUUAUGCACUAUGCCACAUUCUCCUAUUCUCUAUUAGAGGAAUUGAGAGAAUGUUGUAUCUAAAUUCUUCUCUAUAAGAAUAGCAAGUGAAAGCCUUUUUUUCCUUGACUUUGAAAUCUUUUCUAGUUAUAGGACAGAAAGGGAAAAGAAUAAGAUUACAUUUUCUUCUUUUAUGGGAGAAACUGGAAAGUGGUUGGAGAUGUGAGAAUACAUUUUAAAAGCCUGGAGACUUUCUGAGUCUUCAUCUUCCUCCCUGUCUCUGUAAGGUCAAAUGCUGUGAAUCUCCUACUUGUUAUCCCUCCUCUCAUGUUUCUUUUUCCUCCCAUCUUCUAGAAGAGACAGAGUUGGGAGAGAAUUGUGAGUUCAGCUUUUGAUUCAUACAGGUAGGUUAGUUUUAGAAGAUGUCUGGGAGAAACUCAGGAGAGAGAUUUGGGGUUAACCCAGGUAGAAAAUUUGAAAUCAUGAGAUUGCCAGAAAGAGCAUAAAAAAAGGUAUCCAUAGACAUGAACCAGCUUGAGGAGUGCUACGGAUCUGAACAUGUCCCCUAAAAUUCAUACUUACUCACCAAUAUGAUGAUAUUAAGAGGUAGGGCCUUUAGGAGAUAAGGUCUUGCCUUCAUGAGUGGGAUUACUGACCUUUUAAAAGAGGUGUGAGGGAACUCUUCAUCCCUUUUGCUCAAAUGAUGUGAGGACACGAUAUUUGUCCCCUGCUGGAGGAUGCAGCAACAAAGCACCAUCAUAGCAACACCACAUCCCGGCCAGAUGCCGACCCCAGCACCUUAAUCUUGGACUUCUCAGCCUCCAGAACUGUGAAAUAAAUUUCUAAUUAUAAGUGACCUAGUCUAAAGUUAUUUUGUUAAAGCAGCCAGAAAUGAUUAAGGCAAGGGGAAAGAACUUUCUUUUCUUGUCUUCCUACCUUCAAACCCAAAACACUUGACUAGCAGUCUUAUUUCAGCACUUUCUGUUUCCUCUCACCUUUUAUUAUCACAUGCACCUUAUUUUGGGCCACACAUUACUUGAAAGUAGAGACUGUAUCUGAGUUAUCUUUGCAUUAAACCAUUCUCACAAAAUGCCCAAGAGUCAAGGAAUACUUUGCUGUAUCUAUUGAUGAAAAGUGAAAAUGUUGUUCCCUUUGAGGCACAUAAAUGUACUAAGCACUGCACUCCAUGCAAAUAUUUAAUCUGUUCUGAAGUUCCUUUUUUACUCAACAAAAUGUUUCUCAUUUAUUCAUUAGCUGACAAGUGUUAAGUACCCUGGGGGAGCCAAAAGGGGCAAUGUAAAGUAAGCAGGGUCAAUGACGGUCCCUACAUCAAAGGAAGGCUCCUUUGUUUCCCCUGGAAGUAAUAGCCUUCUCCUGGAAGCAGACAAAACCCACCAGUACCCCAGAUUCUGACCACAUAUGAAUCAGUAAUACAAGUACUGAUUCGGAGGUCAAAUGAAUCUGCAUACUCAGCUGUAAGCACGAUGCUCUGGAUACAAAAGAAUCCUUCGAGAUUCUGUUUGAUCAUAUUAAGAAAGCGCAGACCUAGGAGGAUGAUUGAACUUCAUCUCAGAGUUACUAUUGCUAAGAAUUUUGGAUUCAAAUGGGAAAGCGUAAGUCCUGGCCCUCCCACUUCUGGACUGCAUGACCUUGAUUUCUCCAUCUGAGAUGGAUGAAAACACUGCCUACCUAAUGAGAUUAAGUUAGAGGCACUCAGGUUACUAUAUGUGUAAAUUGUGCUUAUUGCUUUUCCUUCUAAAUACAGAUUAUUGUUAUAACUCAGAUAGGCUCUCAAUAGAAAUUGCAGGGGAAAAUGCCUAGAUAGAUGCACAUUGGAGGGUGAAAGACAUUGAAGUGAAAUAAAGAAGAGCCUCAGAAAAGCAUACAAGUAAAGUUAAAAUUGAUACAGUAUUUACUGUAAAUUGACAUUGUAAGAGGUAAAAUAUCUAGAUUAUUGAUGCUAGGUAAUUUCACUUUAAAAACACAUUACUUCAAACCAUAAUGCUAGUGUAGAAGAUGUGAAGAUAAAAUAGAAGCAAUGCAGCUUCCCUGAAAAUAAGAAGACAUUUCUUAAGAAAGGAAGGAAGCAUGUAAAUCACAUGUCAGCUUUACAGUAAAGGCAGUAUGGAAAGAAAAAUACAUGCAAAAUUUAGUUUUUUCUGGGGCUGGGGUGGUAGAGUGCUUACCUAGCGUACAUGAGGCCCUGAGUUUGAUUCCCAGUGCAACCAAAAAUAUACAUACAUUUUUUUCCCUUAAAUCUUGAUCAACUUGAAGAUCUUACUAAAUUGUAAGUUCAUUAAAAACAAUUUUUAAAAAAAUGGCAUUCUCAUUUCAUGACUAAUUCAUAAUUUAACCUUCAAAUUCUAAACAUUCACUACCAUUUACACAUUAGUUAUAUUUCUUAAACAUUUGGUAAGAGAUUUAAUAUUUUGAUUCAAUCCCCUAAAGAUAGACUUGGGGACUUGACAUAUUUUUCUAAGUACCUUGACAUCUUUUCAUUACUCAACCAUACUUAGUCACAAAAUAGCAUAACGGUAUCAGAAGUUAGUCACUUGACUUCAAAGUCUUUGUACCACAAGCUCUUUCUUUUAACAUCGUUUGUUACAUUUUCCUCCAUUUUAAGGUGAUAGUUUUAUUCAGCCAUAUGUUUAGAUGAAAACUUGGCCUCCUGACGUGUGCUACCAAACAAAAAACUAGAAACCGUGCACAUUCAAAUAUUAAGACAGCUACUAUACUGAUUUCUGUCUGAUAUUCGUCAAGAUAGUUCUUCUUUUUGGUCAACUUAAUGGCGGUGUAAUUUACAUACAAUUAAGUGUACUCAUUUUAACAGUGCCAUUCAACUAGCUUGAACAAAUGUAUACACUAAUGUCAACCUCAACCAAGAUAGAGAAGACUUUCUUCAUCAGAAAAGGCUUCAUUUCUCUCUGCUAUCAAUCUCACCCCAGCCCUAGGUAGCCACUGAUCUGCUUACUAUCACUGGAAGUUAAUUUUUCCUGUUUUUUCAUUUAAAUUGAUUAAAACUGUGUGUACUCUUAUAUUUAGUUUCUUUAGCUUACCAUAUUUUGAGAAUCAUGCUGUUGUAUAUAUCUGUAGUUUGUGCCUUUUUAUUACUGAAUAGUAUUCCAUUGUGUGGUUAUCUGUUGAUGGAUGUUUGUUAUUUCCAAUCUGGAGUUAUGAAUAAAGCUGCUAUAAGCAUUUGUGUGCAA